AGAAGAAAAAUAUCUUCUCUUGUGUUUCAAAUUAUCAAAUUGCUCUGAUCAAUGGAGAGGAAACAGUCAAAUGCUCAUUCCACUUUCGCCGACAUCAAUGAAGUUGAAGAUGAAGCAGAGCAAGAACUGCAACAGCAAGAGAACAACAACAACAAGAGAUUCUCUGGAAACAGAGGACCAAACCGAGGGAAACAAAGACCAUUCAGAGGUUUUAGCAGACAGGUUUCGCUAGAGACAGGUUUCUCAGUGCUCAACAGAGAAUCUAGAGAAAGAGAUGACAAAAAGAGUUUACCGAGGAGUGGUCGUAGCUUUGGCGGGUUUGAAUCAGGUGGAAUCAUCAACGGUGGAGAUGGUCGGAAAACAGAUUUUAGUAUGUUUAGGACUAAAUCAACGCUCAGCAAACAAAAGUCUUUAUUGCCUUCUAUAAUAAGGGAGAGAGACAUUGAGAAUUCUUUAAGAACUGAAGAUGGUGAGACCAAAGAUGAUUCUAUAAAUGAAAAUGUUUCUGCAGGAAGAUACUUUGCUGCUCUUAGAGGACCUGAAUUGGAUGAAGUCAAGGACAAUGAAGAUAUUCUGCUUCCAAAAGAGGAGCAAUGGCCGUUUCUCCUAAGGUUCCCAAUUGGAUGCUUCGGUAUCUGUUUGGGACUUAGCAGUCAAGCUGUCUUGUGGCUUGCCCUAGCGAAAAGUCCUGCAACAAACUUUUUACACAUCACACCAUUGAUUAACUUAGUUGUAUGGCUAUUUUCACUGGUAGUUUUAGUCUCUGUGUCCUUCACUUACAUACUCAAAUGCAUCUUCUACUUUGAAGCUGUCAAAAGAGAGUAUUUUCAUCCUGUUCGAGUCAACUUCUUCUUCGCUCCUUGGGUGGUUUGCAUGUUCCUAGCCAUUAGCGUACCUCCCAUGUUCUCACCAAACCGAAAAUACCUCCAUCCCGCCAUUUGGUGUGUUUUCAUGGGUCCUUAUUUCUUCCUCGAGCUAAAGAUCUACGGGCAAUGGCUUUCGGGAGGGAAGAGGCGACUAUGCAAAGUCGCAAACCCAUCUUCUCAUCUUUCUGUUGUAGGGAAUUUCGUCGGGGCCAUCUUAGCUUCAAAAGUUGGAUGGGAUGAAGUAGCUAAGUUUCUAUGGGCAGUAGGUUUUGCACAUUACUUGGUUGUGUUUGUAACACUUUAUCAGAGACUUCCCACCAGUGAAGCUCUUCCUAAAGAGCUUCAUCCUGUUUACUCUAUGUUCAUUGCUGCCCCAUCAGCAGCAAGUAUUGCUUGGAACACGAUAUAUGGCCAAUUCGACGGAUGUUCAAGAACUUGCUUCUUCAUUGCACUCUUCCUAUACAUAUCCCUAGUUGCUCGGAUCAAUUUCUUCACUGGAUUUAAGUUCUCAGUGGCGUGGUGGUCAUAUACUUUUCCUAUGACAACAGCAUCCGUAGCAACAAUAAAGUAUGCAGAGGCAGUACCUGGUUACCCGAGCCGGGCUCUAGCACUCACUCUUUCCUUCAUUUCCACAGCGAUGGUCUGCGUUUUGUUUGUCUCCACGCUUCUCCACGCCUUUGUCUGGCAAACGUUGUUCCCAAACGAUCUUGCAAUUGCCAUUACAAAGAGGAAACUUACCAGGGAGAAGAAGCCUUUUAAAAGAGCUUAUGACUUGAAGCGCUGGACCAAGCAGGCUCUGGCGAAGAAAAUAUCUGCAGAAAAAGAUUUUGAAGCAGAGGAAGAGUCGCAUCACUGAUGUAAAAUCAUGGAAUACAGAAGUAUCUUUUAGAUCGAAAUAAUAGUUCAGAAAAACACUUAGAUAUAGAGACAAAAGUAGGUGAGAUAGCAUAUUGUAUGUAUCUCCAGAAGCAUGUUUAAUAGUAAUACUACAUCAAUAAUACAGAACCCAAAAAUC